CUUGUAAUUAGAACAUAACCCCAAAAAAGUGCGACAAAAUCCGGACUGUUAACGAAUAACGAACGUUAAAAGUGUGGUUUGCGGUAAACAAGACGAUUUAACAAAAGCGAAAGAUGCCGGAUCAUUUAGGAGAAGAUAUGCGGAAGGUGAAGAACGAGGAGGAGAAGGAAGAAAAGGAGAUAAAAUCACUGGAUGAAGACGAUAUCGCUUUGUUGAAGACUUACGGCCAAGGGCAAUACACGAAGUCUAUUAAGUAUGUUGAAGAGGAUAUCCAAAUGAUUAUCAAGCGUGUGAACGAGUCAACGGGGAUCAAAGAGUCUGAUACUGGCCUGGCACCGCCGGCACUUUGGGAUUUGGCGGCUGACAAGCAAACUCUGCAAAAUGAGCAACCCCUGCAAGUGGCACGCUGUACCAAAAUCAUAAAUGCGGAUUCCGACGAUCCGAAGUAUAUAAUAAAUGUGAAGCAGUUCGCGAAGUUCGUAGUUGACUUGGCAGAUUCUGUAGCGCCAACGGACAUAGAGGAAGGCAUGAGGGUAGGAGUGGAUCGCAACAAGUAUCAAAUUCAUAUUCCACUGCCAUCCAAAAUCGAUCCUACCGUAACGAUGAUGCAAGUGGAAGAGAAGCCUGAUGUUACCUAUAGCGAUGUUGGUGGCUGCAAGGAGCAAAUCGAGAAAUUGAGAGAAGUCGUUGAAACGCCCCUGUUACAUCCGGAGAAGUUUGUCAACCUGGGUAUUGAACCACCGAAAGGCGUUUUGUUGUUUGGGCCUCCAGGUACAGGAAAGACUUUAUGCGCUAGAGCGGUGGCCAAUAGGACAGAUGCCUGUUUCAUUCGUGUCAUUGGUUCAGAAUUAGUCCAGAAAUAUGUUGGUGAGGGUGCUAGAAUGGUAAGAGAACUGUUCGAGAUGGCGCGAAGUAAAAAGGCUUGUUUGAUCUUCUUCGACGAAAUCGACGCCAUCGGUGGUGCCCGUUUUGAUGACGGUGCCGGCGGUGAUAACGAAGUUCAACGUACUAUGCUGGAGUUAAUAAAUCAGUUAGACGGAUUUGAUCCACGAGGUAACAUAAAGGUUCUAAUGGCGACGAACAGGCCGGAUACCCUGGAUCCUGCAUUGAUGCGACCAGGUCGUCUGGAUAGAAAGAUAGAAUUUGGACUGCCGGAUCUCGAGGGACGCACGCACAUCUUCAAGAUUCACGCGCGCUCGAUGAGCGUCGAGAGGGAUAUCAGAUUCGAGUUGCUCGCUCGUUUGUGCCCUAAUAGCACAGGCGCUGAAAUACGAUCGGUCUGUACCGAGGCUGGUAUGUUUGCGAUUCGUGCACGGCGCAAGGUUGCCACGGAGAAGGAUUUCCUCGAGGCGGUUAACAAGGUCAUCAAAUCGUACGCCAAGUUCUCCGCAACGCCAAAAUACAUGACUUACAAUUAGAAGUAUCCGCAAUUCGUUUAAUUUUCGUGUUCGAUAAAUUAUCAGCGCGACACAUAAAUCUUAUAAUUAUUUCUAUUGCUGUAUCUAUUGAAUAAGUCAAGGAGCAACUUUGCCCAUAAGUAGAAUAUAUAAUAAACUGUUGUUUUCCGAUA